AUGACGAUCCCCUACGCUCCCGGCCGUCUGGACGGCAAAGUAGCCCUGGUGACUGGCUCCGGACGCGGAAUCGGCGCAGCCAUCGCCAUACAAUUAGGUCGACUGGGCGCCAAAGUCGUUGUCAACUACGCCAACUCUGCCGAGCAUGCGGAGAAGGUCGUCUCUGAGAUCAAGGCUCUUGGCUCCGACGCCGUCGCUUUCAAGGCCGACAUGCGCCGCGUCGCGGAGACCGCCAAGCUCUUUGACGAUGCCGUCGCCCACUUCGGGCACCUGGAUAUCGCCGUCAGCAACUCCGGGGUCGUCAGCUUCGGGCACCUUAAGGAUGUGACCGAAGAGGAGUUCGACCGGGUGUUCAGCCUCAACACGCGGGGCCAGUUCUUCGUCGCGCGAGAGGCGUACCGCGUGCUGAGCGAGGGAGGCCGGAUUAUCCUCACCUCGUCCAAUACGUCCAAGGACUUCAGCGUGCCUCGCCACUCGGUCUACUCGGGCUCUAAAGGUGCCAUCGACUCGUUUGUGCGCAUCCUGUCCAAGGACUGCGGUGACAAGAAGAUUACGGUCAAUGGAGUCGCGCCUGGCGGCACUGUAACAGACAUGUUCCAUGCAGUCUCGCAUCAUUAUAUCCCGAAUGGGGAGAAGUUCACGGCGGAGGAGAGGCAGCAGAUGGCCGCACAUGCAUCGCCCCUGCAUCGCAAUGGGUUCCCUGAGGAUAUUGCUAAUGUCGUUGGUUUUCUUGUUAGCAAGGAGGGUGAGUGGGUUAAUGGAAAGGUCAUCACUCUAGACGGAGGCGCAGCGUGA